AACAAUGUGAAAGAUUCAUCGCUAGACUCGUCACGGUCGAAUCGCCUCAAGACACUCCCACCAGCGUGGGGUCACAGCCUCUGUUCACUUGUUCCAUAGCCUACCUGGAGUUGACCACAUUCGUGUUACCGUUACGCGGCCAACUCGAUCGUUUCACACCACACCUAAACAAAAUCGUAACAAUGCGACGAAUUAUAGUAGCCGUGGUUUUUUUGUUUUUCAACGUGUGUGCCCAACAUGCCAACCACGACCAUCAUAGGGUGAACGUGGCAGUUUACUACGAGUCUUUGUGUCCUGAUUCGAUUAAAUUUUUCACACAACAAUUAUAUCCGUCGCUUCAGGGGAAUCUUUCGCAGUAUGUGAAUUUGACGCUUUUGCCGUACGGUAAAUCCAAGACGACGCAAGAGAUUACCGACCAUUACGAUUUCACGUGUCACCAUGGGCCUGCAGAGUGCACAGGGAACCGCCUCCAGGUGUGUGCUUUACACCUCAUUGAUGGUGGCAAAAAGACUCCCAAUUUGGGCUACAAUAAAAUUACCACCGCAUUCAUCAACUGUUUAAUGGACAAAGUCAAACCCAACGGCGACCAAACUGAAUUCCCGACCAAAGAAUGUGCACAAAUUAACAGCGUGCCGAAUUUGGCAGAUAUUGAGAAUUGCGCCAAUGACGUCGAAGGUUCGCGGUACUUGAACGAUGCUGGAAUUUUAACUGGGGCUCUCACUCCUCCGCUGACUUCGGUACCAACUAUCGUCUUCAACAAGCAGUUCAAGCAGGACGAUAACGAGUUGGCCCAAAGCAAUUUCGUGAAGGCACUCUGCAUGUACAUCGAUGGAGAAAAACCCGCCGAGUGUUUGAAGAAUUCCGCAGACUCUGCGCGGAUUAAUUUCGCUUUGAUUUCUGUAGUAGCGGCUGUUAUCUUUUACUUCGUCUGAAUAUUUCAUAGCAUUAUCAAAAGACCAAAAUUCCAUUGUACCUUUGAGAGCCUUAUAAAUUUUAUCUUACUUUUUAAUGUGAAGGUUGUGGGAAGCAAAAAUUCGGAGUUAAGGGUCUUCGCCCCCUGGUGACAAGUUUAUGAUGUAAGGCAAAGCUGAAGUAGGAUGAUAAUUUGCGUUAUCACCUACAUGCAUUAAACAAAGUAGAUUGGUCAUUCUUACGGAAUGUACUUUUUAUUAAAAAAUUAUAUAUGUUAAGUUUAAGUUAAGAAAAUUUUUCACGCCCAGAAGAAUUAUAAAAUGAAUUGUUAUUGAAGCGUUGUAACCAUAACACAACUACUACUACACUUUUAUUUAACAUUAUAAAUUUGACAGUAUCUUAGGACGAAGACCUUUAACACAAGUUCACUUGGAAAUUUUGUUUUUCACAACCGGUUUUUGUUUGGGAUGAGUCAUGUGGCGCUUAUAAGAAGCAAAGCUACUUAUAUGUCUAGAUGUAUUUUUUUAAACUAUGUUUGUAAGUGUUUUUCUAAAUAAAACAAGUCCUUACAAAUC